CCUCCUCUGACCUUUCCAUUUCCUCUACAUACAGACAGAUGAACUGAUAAAACUCUAUUCUGACUCUUCCGUUUUCUGUGGUUCAUACAUUUGCAUGUUCACAACCAGCUGGUGGACUGUCCCUUCCACUUCUUACCUCCAAACCUCGACAGCAGCGCUCUGGAAAGACGAGGAGGUGGAGGGGAUUUUCUCUGACGUCGUCCUCAUUUCAAAUCCACCAUGGACAGGAUUUAUACCUGGGACUCAGAGCUGGAGGACACAACAACACAAGAAGAAGAAGUAGAAGACCAGAACGUCCUCACUACAGCAUCAUGAAGUCCAUCCUGUUGGUUCUGGGUUUACUACUGGUCUCCAUCUGCUGCUGCAAUGCCAGGCCUAAAGCGGUGGGUUACAGUUCAAUGCCUGUCGACUGCUGCUUCAGCUUCUCUUCACUCAGAUUAUCACUGAAACGGGUGAAGAGCAUCAGCAGAACACACAGCGGCUGCGCCAAAGAGGGAUUCAUAGUCCAGACGGUCAGGGGUCGACAGAUCUGUUACAGUCAGACAUUUCCAUGGGCCGUUAGCGUCGACAUGAAACUGAACAGCCCUGAAGGCAGCGGCCACCAGUCCUGAAAAUGCAUCAUCAGCACAUUAACAAGAUGGUUAUUUCACAUCAGUACCUGUUUUUUGGCAGAUAUUCUUUAUAUUUUAAUAAAGAUCCCAUACAUGUCACAUAUAACCUGAAUUUCCAGGAAUAGUGACAUAUUUUCUA